CCACCACCAAACCCUACCCCGCGACUUCCUUCCGGUUGCUUCCGCCGAGCGACUUUCAAUCCAGUCUCCCCCCUCGAUUCCGCCACCCCGAUCGCCUCGAUCAAUCUCGUCCCCGGCAGCGCCAUCCCAUCGGUUGGAGAUGGCCAAGACUUGCUUCAAGACCGAGCACCCCCUGGAGAGGAGGCAAGCUGAAUCUGCCAGGAUCCGUGAGAAGUACGCUGAUAGAAUUCCGGUGAUUGUUGAGAAGGCUGAUAAGUCUGAUGUCCCGGAAAUUGAUAAGAAGAAGUAUCUUGUCCCUGCCGACCUUACUGUUGGCCAGUUUGUCUACGUGGUACGGAAGAGGAUCAAGCUUAGCCCAGAAAAGGCCAUCUUCGUCUUUGUGAAUAGCACCUUGCCACCGACUGCUUCGUUGAUGUCUGCGAUCUAUGAAGAAAACAAGGACGAGGAUGGCUUCCUGUACAUGACUUACAGUGGCGAGAACACUUUCGGGUCUGCCUAAUCCAUCUGCCUGGCCACUGUAAAUAAAUGGAUGUUCAGGUUGCGACGUCUGUGUACAUACUAUCACUAGUAUGCUGGUGGAUUGCUGUCAUGGUUUAAUGCGUUAGUGUUUGGUAUCUUAUUAUCAUCUGAAUGUCGGCCUGUAAAACUCUAUACUUCGAAGGGUCGAAGAUUUAUCUGUUCUUGUCUGAUUUAUGUUCCUAAUGCUCUGUGAUGAUAUCAAUUGCAAACUCAUGGUAAGAGUUUUUCUUAA